AUGGCUACAUUGUUAGGCUUGUGGUGUAUUGAUCUGCUUGCUGAUAUCUGCUUAGGGUUUGUCGACUGGAACGUCAAUUACUUGACCAGUCACGACAGUGUCCUCAACGACGAGCGGUUCGAGGUAGUUCAUGAAUCCCAAUUUGACGGGAAAGACGAGGUUACACAAACCCCAGCCGCAAUCGCUGUGACAAGGGGUUGUUGUGGGACUGCUCCACACUUCACCAACCAUCAAUCAACUUUCGCCACUCUCGUCCACCUCGCAACACUUCGUGAACAUACCCAAAUGCCCCCCAAACCCCCACAUGCACACAAGAUCUCGAAGCCGUUACUCUGGCUAUUCGGGGCUGGCCUCAUCAUUGGACCCAUAGCACUCGAGCUCGGCAUCGACUAUAUCUGGGGGCGCGUCCAGCGCCGACUCAACGACAACAGAGCCUACCCUAGUGGAGGCUACCAUCAACACAUGUGGCGCGGACUGGAGAAAAUGAAAGAGGUGUACCCAAACUGUGCCGUACUGCCGCAGAUGACGGAUCGCGAACCCAAUCCAAGAGCCUGGGUCGAGAAGUUCAACUUCGUUGUUGAUUGCAGAAAGAUUCCUGCUAUGAGCAGGUAUAGUGGUGUUAAGAGAUUUUGGCGAGGUCGAAUCGUGGAUGAGCAGCCCGCACCGAACUCCCGAAACAGCCCGGGACCACACGAAAUGCCCGACUCACAAGUCUCCACAACCAUAACGAUCACCGGCCGCGUCAACGAAGCCUCACUCUCUCCUGAUCUGGUGAAAGUUUUGAGAAAGUAUUCGCACUGCACUGUGUAUCCCCUGGAACUGCGUAAGGAGGACGAUGGGAGCUUCUGGGCGACUGUAAAGCAGUCUCAUUACUUUGUGGAAUGUCCGGGCACGAAGCCCGGGCUGAAGAUGGUUACGAAGGAGGGGAGUGUUGUGGAUGUGAAAACGGAGCGUCCCUGA